AUGGUAAAUAUGAAGCGUUACUCUUCUGUUCUUUCCCUUUUUCGAGAAAUGCGGAAAUUAGGCAUCCCAAUUAAUGAUUUCAUCUUGAAUAUAGUGAUUAACAAUUAUUGCCUAAUGCAUUGUUCUGACUGCGGAUUUUCAGUGUUGGCCAUUUACUUGAAGAAGGGCAUUCCAUUUAAUGUUGUCGCCUUUAGCACCCUACUAAGGGGACUCUUUGCGGAAAGUAAGAUAAAAGAUGCAGUUAACUUGUUCAAAAAGUUGGUGAGAGAGAAUAUUUGUGAGCCUGAUGAAGUCAUGUAUUCAAUUGUCAUGAAUGGGCUUAGCAAAAUGGGCCAUACUCAAAAAACAUUCGAUUUGCUUAGGGUAAUGGAACAAGGAAGCACUAAGCCCAACACAUACAUCUACAACAUUGUUAUAGAUGCUCUUUGCAAGGAUAGAAUGCUAGAUGCUGCAAUUGGCCUUUUUGAAGAGAUGAAACAAAAAGAAGGGUUGUUAGAUGAAGCUAAAGAUAUGCUUAGAAAAAUGGAGCAUAAUGGUCAUUCGCCUGACAACGCCACUUACAAUAUUAUUGUGCGAGGAUUUCUCAAGUUUGGCGAAACUAGUGAAAUGACAACUUUUUUGAAGGAAAUGACUGGAAGGGACUUCUCAUUCGAUGCAAGUACAAUAGAGUUACUAAUAGAUGUUAUGGCGAAGGAUCCUUCUUUGCUUAACAUGAUACCACAGUUUCACUCGGGAAAUAAGAAGUGA